GUCUGCCAGACCGGAUCCUUCACAAGGGAAGAGGCCAGGGAUAGCCAGCCAACCCCGGCUUCUCUUCUCUUCGGCUAACAAUAUUACUCCGUAUUAUCAGCCAGGGAGCCCGAACAGAGGGCUGCGUUACUGUUCGUAGGAUGUCCCGUCAUGAAGGUGUAAGCUGUGAUGCAUGUUUGAAAGGCAACUUCAGAGGUCGACGAUACAAAUGUUUAAUUUGCUACGACUACGACCUGUGUGCAUCAUGCUAUGAGAGCGGAGCUACCACAACCAGACACACCACAGAGCAUCCCAUGCAGUGUAUAUUAACUCGAGUUGACUUUGACCUGUACUACGGUGGAGAGGCCUUCUCUGUGGAGCAGCCCCAGGCCUUCACAUGUCCCUACUGUGGCAGGAUGGGCUACACGGAGAUCUCCCUGCAGGAGCAUGUGGCUGCCGAGCACACAGAGACCUCUACAGAAGUGAUCUGUCCCAUAUGUGCAGCACUGCCAGGUGGCGACCCUAAUCAUGUGACGGAUGACUUUGCUGCUCAUCUCACACUUGAACACAGAGCACCUAGAGACUUGGAUGAGUCCAGUGGGGUGCGGCACGUGAGGAGGAUGUUCCACCCUGGGCGUGGUCUGGGCGGUCCUCGUGCCCGGAGGUCUAACAUGCACUUCACCAGCAGCACCACAGGGGGGCUCUCCACCAGUCAGAGCUCCUCACAAAGCUCCAGCUACAGCAGAGAGGCUAUGGACCCCAUAGCAGAGCUCCUGUCCCAGUUGUCCGGGGUGAGGCGCUCUGCGGGCGGCCAGCUGAGUUCGGGUCCCUCGGCCUCUCAGCUCCAGCAGCUACAGAUGCAACUCCAGUUAGAGCGUCAGCAGGCCCAAGCAGCGCGCCAGCAGCUCGAGACGGCCCGCAAUGCCACCCGGGGUGGCGGCCGCGCCAAUGCAAUCCUCAACACCAACUCAGCUGCUGCCAACCCCAACCCCAACGCCAACCACAAUACCAACCCCAGUCCCAACCCGGGCCCCCCUGAGCCCAAUGCACAGCACACUGCACAUAGCUCCCAGUUUCUACUCAGCAGGCUGAGCGAACCUCGACUGUCUGAGUCAGAACGGCAGGCGUGCGAGGCCCAGUGGGCCGACCGGAGCCUGUUUGUGACAGAGCUGUUGCUGUCGACGCUGCUGCCUGACGAGGACGCCUCGGCUUCCUCCUCUGAGGAUGAAGAUGACUGUCACAGGCCAUUGCGGAAUUUUGCUGACUUCGAGGCCAUGGGCUGUGUGGAGGUCAUGACCUUGGACGUGGCACUGGAGAACCUGAACCUCAAGGAGACAACCCCCGCUACCAAUACGAUGAAAACAACAACUAAAACAACAACAACGAAGAAAGAGCCUCCCGCCCCGCCCCUUUGAUGACAUGGCCGCUCCCCCCCAAACCACCAUUGUAACGGGCUGACCGCCGUGUCUGUCCAACUGCCAAUGGAUGAAAAACAGACUGCAGUUCUUUUUGGCUUUUUGUUUUGUUUUUGUUUCCUUUUUUUUGUUUUCUCAGUGAUUGUCAUUUCAGUUCUGUCGCUCCACACUCAUCCCCAUGUUUAUUACGUUGUGUACAUUGAAUAAAAGUAGUGAGACGAGAGAAUGUGAAAGUGAGCAAGCGAGGUGGGUGUGUGAGAGAGAAAGGAAAAAUAACUAUAUAAAUAUAUUAUAGAAAAAAAAAUUAUAUGAAAGUUGAUAAUCAAUUCCACAUAACCCGUGUUUCCUCUAGCAGGUGAGCAAGCAUAGUUAGCUGUUAAGAGACAAACACGUCCUCACACACUCACCCAGGGAGAGGAGGCAGACUGAAACCUCUCCGACAAAAACGCUGCUGUGUAUUUAUAGUUAUUAAUUAAAGAAGUGCUUGGAUGGUUUACCACAACUUAAGCAUGAGCUUAAAUCACCAUGUGCCCAUUUUUACAGUAACUGCACAGUCACUAGACGGGGAGGUCUUUCUCUGCUCAGACACCCGAAUAACUGUAAAUUUAGGGUGUCGUUUGCCACAACCGUGACAUUUCUGCGCCACACACACACACACAGACAGACUGUUGGCCGAGUUUUGGUUACGUUCAUAUCCAGUCUCAGACCCCCCUCCCCCCCUCCCCUUUGUGUGACAUCACCUGUAUUGGGUCAUGCGACCUUGCUUUAUAUCAACUGUGGGCACUUUGGUUUUGAAUUGCAUAUCCAGAGAAGUGUCCAUCCGUGUACACUACAGAUGCUCUACAUAAAGGCGAUAUACAACUCUGAGGCAAAGGAGAUAAGUAAUGGUAACAAUCUCUUCAGUGUAACCGUUUUCAUCCUUUUAUAAUGCGGAAGAAACACAACCCUGGUCUUGAUACGGAUGUUUUUCUUUUUGUUUUUUCCCUCUCUUUUCGUAAGACCAGACGCUACUCUCUCCAGCUUCCUGUGAUCUGAAAUUAAUCCUCUCUCCAUUGCUCAUGAAUGCAAAGAUUAUUCAACAUGUGACUUGAAGGAGAGAAUCCUGUAUGCUCUUUCCAUUUAUUUCUCUCAGUAAGAAAACAAAACAAAAGAUCUUUGUAUGCCUCCACUGCUACCUUAAGAAAUGCAAUGUAUGUUUUUGGCUCAAUAAACAAGCCAAAUCACAGGGUAAACCUUUCAGUUUGGAGGACAAUAAAAAUGUUUUGGAUGGAAAUGAACUAACCCAAUCCUGCUCUCUGGUUUUUUUGUUGUUGUUUUUUUUCUUUUGUUUUCUCAGUUGCUAAUUUACUGGCUAGCAUGUACAGCGUAUGGUUAAAAAAAAAAAUAAUAAAGGAAACACUUAUAUGAAAUCUCACAGGUCAAGUUCAAUCUUACAAGUAGUCUCAUCUGAUGCAUUUCUUCCUU